GGCGCCGCGUCCGUCUCCCGGACGCCCAGCGGUUGCCUUGACUACGGUAGGCGCGGUGGACACUCAGAAGCCUCAGGUGCAGAGGAGCUGCUGAGCGAAUCCGCUAGCUUUGAGCAUGAGGAGCUGGUGUCUGUGUCAGAUUUGUACCUGUGGGCGACAUCAUUGCCCACAUGGAACCACCAAGAUUUAUGAAAAUUCUGGUGUGUCUUAUCCCACAACUGAGUACCUGGAAAAAUAUCCUAUGUAUGGCAAUGUUCUUCCACCUCAGAGUCUGAAACCCAAGGAAGAAGUUCGAGCAUAUCGUGGUAAAAUGGAAGGAAUAACAACAUUUAAGUCGGAUUAUCGUCCUUAUGAAAUAGUCAAACAGCCUCGCCAUGCACCAGAAGAGUAUAAACCAAAACAGGGGGAGAUUGACCUUGGUACUACCUACAAACGGGAUUUUAAUUCUUAUAAAGUGCAGCCUGUGGCAAUAGUCCGGCCUUUGGAGAGACAACAAGUUAAAAAAGGAAAGUUGGACACUGUCCCAACCUAUAAAGAUGACUAUAGAGCUUGGGAUAUUCAGAAAAGUGAAUUUUAUAAACCAGAACAAACUUACUAUCCCCCUACUGUGAAAUUUGGAAAUUCGACUACAUUUCAGGAUGACUACGUUCCUCAGGAGAUAAAGCCUAGGCAAAGCUGUAAGCCCAGCUCUGCGGUCAAACAUUCCACUGCCCCCUUUAAUGGUGCUACAAGUCACCGCCUGGAUUAUGUACCUCAUCAGCUAGAAUUCAAGUUCGCAAGGCCAAAAGAAGUUUACAAGCCAACCCACCAACCCUUUGAGGAUCUCACAACUCACCGAUAUGACUUUCAGGGUCUUGCUGGUGAGGCUGCAAAAAUCUGCAGACCUGCGUACAACAGAGUGGCCCAGAAUGCUCACUUUGAAGGAAGCACUGAAUUCCGUGAAAGUUUUCAACCAUGGGAAAUCCCACCACCUGACGCCAAGAAAGUACCCGAGUAUGUCCCUCCCACAGGUGCCAUGCAGUGCGACAGCACAAGCCACCUCGACUACAUUCCACACCAGGCCAAACGUGUGGUUCCCAUCAGGCCAGUUUCUCAUAGAAGAAAUAACAAUUUUCCUUUCCAAGGAAAAAGCACCACGAAGGAAGAUUUUCCAGCAUGGGAAAUUUGUCGACAAGAACUUAUUAAGAAGCAACAGCAGAUUCCCAACCCCUCUGGAAAAUUCGAUGGUUUGAGCACUUUCAGAUCUCACUAUGUGCCACAUGUGUUGAUUCCAACAGAGAGCUGCAAACCUUUAAAUGUUCCCUUCAAGAGUUCCAGUCCAUUUGAUGACGUAACCUUGUACUCUACAGAGUAUACACCAAAGAAACAGGAGAUCUGCCCUGCGAGUUAUCCUUCUCCUCCAGGUUAUAUCUUUGAAAAUACAAAUUCCCGAGGUCAUAAAUUCUUCCGCAAGGUCACUCCCACAGUGAAGGCCUUCUAAUCAUCAAAUUGUGUUUAAAAGGAACCUAAUAGAAAUGCUGAUUUUUCAAGGGCAAACCCAAUUUUCUAUAUAGCAGAAAAAAUUUGCAAGAGCGAGCGAAAACAAAUCAUUUUUUAAAACUUUAAACAAGAAAUUGAGAAAAUUUAUUAUAGGAAAUCAAGAUUUCAAAAUCCAUUUUGUAUUGAUGUUUUAGCCAAGAUUGUUCUUUACUUUGCAUUUCUGAAAGUUGAAUGAUGCACAUUCCCGUCUGACCUACUUUAAUCCCAACGUACUGUCUGGUUACUUGUCUUGAUCUAUUAUUGUUUAUACUUGUGUUUAUAAUUAUGGAAAUCAUAUGGUUAUUCACGUACCAGUUAUCAUCUAUCAAGUGCACAAGGACUCUCCAGAACACCGCUGAAAAUGGUACAUGGAGUCUUCUUCCAAGACAGCAGUAUUUUUUAGAUGCUGACUUCAAGUCAUCUGCAUAGUGUACCCUGAACCAAGUUUUGGUUGGUGCUAAGAAGACGGCCACACUGCUCCUCACUGUGUUCAGGUUAGUAGGAGGUAUGGUCGUGUGACAAGUAAAGCUGCAGGCGCUGGGGAGCACAGCACCUGAGUUCAAGUUCCAAUGACAUCAGUUUCUGUCUCUGCCACCCUAGGCAAGUGACUCAUAUCUUGGAGUCCCCGUGUCUUCAUUUGUAAAAGAAUAUCUGCUUUCCCUACCUCACAAAAAUUUUGCUCUGAGCAUCAUGUCACAGGAUACAGUAUAAUCCACAAAGGCAAAGUGUUAAACAAAUGUCAGAGAUUGGGAGUUCCCGCCGUGGCUCAGCAGAAACAAUCUGACUAGCAUC